AUGGACGACAAUGGAUUCGACGACUGGGACAACCUUCCAGACUUGCUCCGCCAGGCACCCAGGCGUGACAAUCAGCCUUCCCGGCCUAUGAACGCCUUCUUCGUGUACAUGAGAUUCCGCCGCGCGUUGUUUGCCAAUGCGAACCCCACCUUUAUCACCGGCGACCUUUCAAAGCUUCUUGGAGCAGAGUGGACCGCGCUGAAUGCCAGUCGUAAGGCUCCCUGGCAAGCUCUCCAGCGGCGCCUUAUGGCGGCGUUCAAGCGCAAGUACCCAAACUACCAGUACGAACGUAAGAGCAGCGGCAAGAAGCAGAAGAACAAGUCCGGCGAUCGCAAGGCUCGUUCCGGCAAGAAGUCCCCUGGCACGGCUCGCUAUGUCGCCAAGUCUAUGUCCCCUCGUAACCUGGCGUACCAGCUCCCCAAUGGCAACAACCACCUUGUCGCGCCCCAAAUCAUCCAACCACACCAGCACCACCAGCACCAGCUCCAGCAGCACCAGCUCCAGCAGCACCAACUCCAGCAGCAGCAGCACCAGUUUUACCAGCACCAGCAGCAGCAGCACCAGUUUCACCAGCACCAGCAGCACCAGCAGCACCAGCAGCACCAGCAGCACCAGCAGCACCAGGAGCAGCACCAGCAGCACCAGCACCAGCAUCAGCACCAGCACCAGCAGCAGCUGUACCACCAUGAGCCCUUCCAGUACGGGACCUACCCAGCUGUUACCGAGGCCGCGGGUUCCCAGUCGGUCGACGCCCAGCAGGCUUCGUUCUUCUCCCCUGAGCAGCCGCUCCCCGCGCAGGCGGCGACGUGGCAGGAACUUCAGCCAACCCAGCAGCCUGUCCCCACUCAACUGCCCCAGGCCCCUCAGCAGCCUCACCCUCCUCAUCACCCCAUCCCCGCGCCUGCGCUGUCGUACCCCGCCAUCGAAGGGCACCCGUGGGAACACAUGAACAACUAG